ACAUGUUUAAUUUCAGAUUUCCUUUUUUUCUGGGGAACUGUAUUUUUGAUAACAACAACUCUAGUUGCCCUUCUGAAAAAAGAAAACAAAGAAGUGUCAGUAGGAAAAGAAGAAACACAGGGGAUCACAGAUACUUACAAACUACUUUUUGCAAUCAUAAAAAUGCCAGCAGUUAUGACAUUUUGCCUUUUGAUCCUGACUGCAAAGAUUGGUUUUUCAGCAGCAGAUGCAGUAACAGGACUGAAAUUGGUAGAAGAGGGAGUUCCCAAAGAGCAUUUAGCCUUAUUGGCAGUUCCAAUGGUUCCUUUGCAGAUAAUAUUACCUCUGAUUAUCAGCAAAUACACUGCAGGUCCCCAGCCACUAAACGUGUUUUACAAAGCCAUGCCCUACAGAUUAUUGCUUGGAUUAGAAUAUGCCCUGUUAGUUUGGUGGACUCCUAAAGUAGGCCAUCAAGGGGGAUUCCCUGUGUAUUACUACAUUACGGUGCUGCUAAGCUAUGCAUUACAUCAGGUUACAUUGUACAGCAUGUAUGUUUCCAUAAUGGCAUUCAAUGCAAAGGUUAGUGAUCCACUUAUUGGAGGAACAUAUAUGACCCUUUUAAAUACUGUGUCCAAUCUGGGAGGAAACUGGCCCUCUACAGUAGCUCUGUGGCUGGUAGAUCCCCUAACAUUGGAAGAAUGUGUUGGAGCAUCAAACCAGAAUUGUCAAACACCUGAUGCUGUUGAGCUUUGCAAAAAGCUCGGAGGUUCCUGUGUUACAGCCCUGGACGGUUAUUACGUGGAGUCCAUUAUUUGUGUCUUUAUCGGAUUUGGUUGGUGGUUCUUUCUUGGUCCAAAAUUUAAAAAGUUACAAGAUGAAGGACCAUCCUCAUGGAAGUGCAAAAGAAGCAAUUAAUGCUUUCACUACUGGACAUUCUAGAAAGGUAACUAGUUUUAAUUCAGAGAGCUAUGAUAAUUGGUGCACAGGAGUAUAAAAUACUAUUUUAAAGAAGGAAAUUGUUACUAUAAAAUGCCAAAUGGUUAAAAAUAGAGACUUCUCUUUAUAUAUUGGAUUAUAUUUUUCCUUGCCUUGUCAAUAUGUGUAAAGUUAAGGUCAGGAAACUGGUUCUAAAAUAACUGUUCUGGCCUUGUAAUUU